UGUUCUAUUUUUCUCUAAUGGCAUCAGUCUCAUACACAUGUGGAAAUUGUAUUGUUUACAUUUUUACGACCGGCUUUGUUUACUUGGAUUUAAAUGUCUGUUGAAAAGUUUUAAACUGUUUUGAAAGUAAUUAAUUGCUGAAAUGCAAAACCUUAAAAAUUUAGUAGCUCUUGUGACUGGAGCUGCAUCUGGAUUUGGUCUCUCUACUGCUGAAAGACUUCUUAAACAAGGUGCUAAAGUUGUUUUGUGUGAUAUUAACUCCUCUAAAGGGCAGGAAGUGGCUAAAAGGCAUGAGGAAAAUAGUUUAUUUAUUGCUACCGAUGUCACUUGUGAAAAUGAUGUAAAAAAAGCCUUAGAAACCUGCUCAGAAAAAUUUCAAAAACUAGAUCUGUUAGUCAAUUGUGCUGGAAUAAAUGUUCUGGGAAAAACAUAUGACUUUCAGAGAAACAAGCCACAUAGUCUGGAGGAGUUCACGAAUAUUCUUCAAGUAAACACCGUGGGUACUUUCAAUGUUAUCCGAUUGGCUGUUGGGCUAAUGGCCAAAAAUCAGCCUGAUGAGGAUGGUCAGAAAGGAGUUAUUGUAAAUCUCACCAGUAUUCAUGCAUAUGGUGGAAGUACCGGUCACAUUGCAUACUCUGCUAGCAGUGGAGCCAUUGCUUCUAUGACAUUACCUCUGGCUCGAGAUCUCUCUUCAGAGGGCAUACGAUGUUGUGCAAUUGCAACAGGGCUAUUUGAUACGCCAUAUUACAGAUCUCUCCCAGAUAAAUAUAAAAGAUUUAUACCAUCACUAGUUCCUUUUCCUAAAGGACUUGGUAGCCCUACUGAAUUUGCACAUUUAGUACAGACUAUUUUAGAAAAUAAAAUGCUGAAUGGUGAAGUUAUUAGGUUAGAUGGUGCUUUGAGGUUUGAUGUAUAAAUCAUUUGUACUAUUUUAGAAAAUACAAUGUUGUAGAUUUUUAUUUCUCAUUAAUUUUAAUAAAAAUUCAUCAUGAAAGUCAGAA